UACCAACAAUCAGCAAAACUGAUCAUACCUAUCAUCCUCUCUAAAUUUCCAAUACUUUCACUGCAAACUUGUUUACUCUCUUAGUUUUUAACGCCAAAAAUGGCUCCCAAUAACCAUGCAGAUGCAGCAUCCCGUGGUCUAGUUAAGGCCGCCAGUUUGUCUAGCCGAGCCUAUGUCACUUUCUUGGCAGGCGACGGCGACUAUGUGAAAGGAGUCGUGGGCUUGGCAAAGGGAUUGAGGAAAGUGAACGCUGCGUACCCACUUGUGGUGGCUGUUCUGCCGGACGUCCCAGAGGAGCACCGCAGCAUAUUGGUUAACCAGGGAUGCAUAGUGCGUGAUAUUGAACCGGUUUAUCCUCCUGAGAACCAGACCCAGUUCGCCAUGGCGUAUUAUGUCAUCAACUACUCCAAGCUUCGGAUUUGGGAGUUUGUGGAGUACAGCAAGAUGAUAUACUUGGAUGGAGACAUACAGGUUUUUGACAACAUAGAUCACCUCUUUGAUUUGCCAAAUGAGUAUUUCUAUGCUGUGAUGGACUGUUUUUGUGAGAAGACAUGGAGUCACACCCCACAAUUCAAGAUUGGGUAUUGCCAACAGUGCCCGGAUAAGGUCCAUUGGCCUCAAGAAUUGGGUCCUAAUCCUCCUCUCUAUUUCAAUGCUGGGAUGUUUGUCUUUGAACCAAGCCUCCCCACCUACCAUGAUCUCUUGCACAAACUCAAAAUCACAACUCCGACUUCAUUUGCUGAGCAGGAUUUCUUGAACAUGUUCUUCAGGGAUAUUUACAAGCCAAUUCCCAAUAAUUACAACUUGGUUUUGGCAAUGCUGUGGCGCCAUCCCGAGAACGUGAAGCUCGAUGAAGUUAAGGUGGUCCACUACUGUGCUGCAGGCUCCAAGCCAUGGAGGUAUACUGGCGAAGAAGAAAACAUGGACAGAGAAGACAUCAAGAUGCUAGUCAACAAGUGGAAGGACAUUUAUGACGAUGAGACAUUGGAUUACAAUGCGGAUCCGGGCGCUAAUACUAUGUCUGGGCGUAGAGAAGCUGGCGUUGUUCGUUACAUCUCUGCCCCUUCGGCCGCCUAGCUCGGUCAUCUUGGUCACAGAGUAGUUUGAUCGGCUCGAGUUUUAUAUGAAGCUGGUCCUCCAGAAGCAGAGGACGAAUUUCUUAUAUAUUUCCCUGUUUUUUUUUUUAAGGGUAACAAUUUCUUAAGGUUCUUGAUAGCCUGGAUGAUGGCUUUGUAAACAUUUAAAGAACAUAUGUAUUACAUAAUGUUAAUGUUACUAUAUAUGUUCAUUAAAACU